AUGGAUAAAAUACCUGCGCAAGAUGCUCCAGCCGCCUGGCCACCCAAAAAGGCCGACAAACCUCGCAUUUUUGGCCUGACCCAGGUUUAUCCUGAUCCGGAAGAUGCCCUCGCCACUGAAGAAAAAGAAAUAGACAUAUUUGUCCUUCAUGGACUUGAUGCACGAUCGGACAAAACCUUCAUCGCCUGGAGAGUCGAUGGCGAUAAGAGUUCUGGGGAUGUACAUUGGCUCAGUGAUGAGGAUAUGCUGCCAUCGCAGAUGCCACAAGCUCGUGUGAUCACGUACGACUGGAACGCGAAUUAUGACAAGACAGCGUCAAAGGAGACGAUGCGAAAUCAUGCCGAUACGUUGCUAGAAAGAGUGCAUCUGAACAGAGACGCCCUCAAAAGGACCCAAGUCCCAAUUAUAUUUAUUGCCUCAUGCUUUGGGGGCGUAUUACUUAUCCCCCAGGCCUUAGUCGGAGCUCUUGAACUACAGCACGCUCGUUCCGAACAGAGAAGACAGAUAUUUGACUCUUGUAUUGGCAUCAUCUUUCUGGGAACGCCUUUUGGUGGUAGUUGGGACACCGGAACUAAAGCGGCUCGUUUGAGAAUCGAAGCAGCCAAGAAAGCAAACCUUGAAGACAACAUUCAAUACUCCAUGGAACUCGUUCAGUACCUAAAAGAGGGAACAGACGAUAACCCUAGUCCUUUGGACGACUUGGUGCAUCGAUUCAAAGAAAGCAUACAUAACCCUAAGUUUAGAAUUCCCUGCGGAUAUCUAUACGAGACACAACCAGCACAGUAUGCCGGGCCGCUGUCAAGACUGACAUCCGAGCACAGAAAAAGCCAGACGGUGAUUGACAAGCAUGGCCAAGGAAUAGUGGUUUCUCACAAGUCAGCUGUCGUGGGCGGUGGUGAUGGGUCUGCACAGCCUAUGCGACAUAACAUGAUGCACAAAUACAACAGCCCCGAUAAUCCAGCCUUCCAAAGUUUAUGUCUUAGGCUGAGAGAAUUCGCCCAAAAGGCUGAUGAUACCAUAGACUUAAGAGAUCGAGCCCGAUUGAGUGACUUGGAAAACCUUGCUCGUAAUGACCUCAAAUCAUGGUCAGAACUGUUCAGCUUCCCCAACAUGAACCGUCGUCAUAUCGAUCUUGGCUUCAAAGAAAACAAAGCAGCCCCGGGGACUUGCGAGUGGCUCUUUGACCAGGACGCAUACAAAGCGUGGGAGUCAAAUGACUCAUCUAACUCCACCCUGAUUAUCCAGGGCAAGGCUGGAUCCGGCAAGUCCACUUUGAUAUACGAAGCAGUAGCUCGUGGUCAAACAAUGCAUAAGACCAUUUGUCUUUCUUACUUCUUUGACGCAGCUAAAGACGAAGGUUUGCCUAUUCAAAUCUCUCCACAAGGCCUAUAUCGGUCCCUGCUAUCUCAACUCUUGAGCAAGCUCAGCCGAUCACCAGCAGUCGUGGCGAUAUUGAGAGAAUGGGGACCCGCGAAAGAGGCUCGACAAGAGACCGUGGAAGACGUCGUGAUAUUAAAGCACAGAAUAGCAUGCCUGCUUGCUGCUCUUCGUGGUAGAACGGUACGAAUUUGCAUUGAUGCCAUUGAUAAGUGCGGCAGUGGCAGAGAUGAUGGCACAGACAGUACCAUCGACAUGCUCAGAUAUAUACAAGGCCUGAAUGGAAAGGGGGCCAAACUUUUGGUUCUGUUCUCCAUCCGCGACAGAGCGCAGUACGGGUCAUAUCUUUCUGCCCCAACAAUCGAGAUAGGGUCCCACUACCAACAAGAUAUUUACAAGUAUCUGAACAAUGAACUGAAGUACUCGAGAGACCCGGCGACUCGCGAACAGAUUAUCUGGACGUUGCUACGCCGUUCGUCCAAUAAUUUCCUUUGGGUCAAGCUUGUCGUUGCAAGUCUUAACGCAAAAACCGACGCUGGACUGGCGGACGGCAAAUGGAGAGAUGAAAUGGAUCGCUUACCAAAGGAGCUGGGAAGUCUUUACAGUGAUCUUCUGAACAACCUCGACUCCGAGGAUCGCGCAGAAGCUCUUAUUCUACUGCAGCUAACCCAGGUGCGUAUCAGGCCGCUGGAAGUGAUGGAGAUGCAUUCGGCCCUGGAGUACGCCAGGGGCACUGACAAUCGACCUGAUAAGGAUGGAAGAUCAGAAGAAGUAUUUGAAGCGCAUAUCAGACGUAUUGGCCGUGGCUUCAUUGAAAUUCAAGUCAUUGAGGAUCCACACGGUCUUUCCCACCGUUGGGGUCUCAGAAGCAUUCAAGCUGCGCAAGACUUUGAGGAUCUCGGUGAGCUACUCGAGGAGGAGGUUUGGAUACCACCGGCACCCAAGCGUCUAGUGCAGUUCACACACGACUCUGUGAGAGAUUUCCUGGACAAAUACGUAUUUACAGAGAACGAUAUCAAACCCUGCGACGGCUCGUCAGGUCAUCGCGCCCAUUUCGAAAUCACCAAGCUCUGCAUGCGAGCUGCAGGCCAUGGAAGCAAACAAGAAUGUUUCCUCCCAUACGCCGCACAUUUCUGGACUGUCCAUGCUCGCAAGGCAAACGAAGCGAUCGUCGAUAAAUUCCAGCCGCCAAAGUUCAUCACGAGCUGUGACUACAAGACCAAGGGCAUUCUCGCGCGUUACAAGGAACACGCAACUGAGCCCUACAGCCUCUACCAUUUACCGAGAAGUGAGAUCCCUAAUACCGGCUGGCUGACUGCCAAGGCAACCAUGCUCACGCUCUUGGCCUUUGAGGGCUGCGGCGCUCUUAUAACGAAGCAUGGCGAGAUGUGCAAACGUAAAGACUGUCGUGAAGAUGAGUCUACGGUCCAUGAUGCUUUUGCUUUGGCCUUGCUUCGGGGUUGGAAGGCUGGAGUUGAGGCUGUACGAGACCUCGCUGAAAAGAGAUCGAUAGCCCUGGAUCCCACUAUCAAGCCGCACUUCACGAAAGGUAUUUGCCCACUUCGAAGGGUGUGCACACGCAAUCAGCAUGAGAUCCUGGAGUCAGUGAUGAAUAUUGGAUGGGAUACAACCUGCAGGGCAGCACGGGUCUCAUUUUGCGAGGGUGUGAAGUUCGGCCACGAAAGAAUCGUUGAGUUAUUUUUGGAAAAUGCAGGGGAAAAUACAAUGGACUUGCUCUCUUGGCAGUCAGGCCAAGGUUACACGGCGCUUCACUUUGCGGCGUCAGCGGGGAGGUGGCGUAUCUUUGAUAUGUUGCUAGUGAGUUUGGAUGAUAUCCCGCCUGAUCUGCUGAAUCUCAAGGCAAAGGGGGGUGAGACAGUCUUGGAUAUGGCGCAGCGAGGCAAGAUAAAGCAUGGGAUGAGACGUGAUAGUGAUCAGAUCAUUGAGAUUCUACAAGAGAUUUUGGAGGGGUAG